AUGGGUGAGAACCUGAUCUCUACCGUGCUCCGUGCCGACAGGCAAGAUAUUCUUCGAUAUGCUCCGUUUAUGGGGAUUGCCCUUUUGUCAAUUCUAGUUAUUAAUUAUUUUCGAAAUCCUCUGAGGAAUGUCCCUGGUCCAUUUUGGGCCAAAUUCUCGAACCUAUGGCUCGUUUAUCAUACUCGUCAGGGGAGAAUGCACCGUAAGAUCAUUGAGGUGCAUGAGAAGUAUGGGCCGCUGGUUCGACUCGGACCGCACGAAAUCAGCACAGCGGACAUAGAUUCUCUCAGAACCAUUUAUGGCUCAGGCAACGAUUUCCGUAAAAGUGACUGGUACAUGCCUUGGCAAGGCAACCGCAAAUGGGACUUAUUUUCGGAACGUAACGAGAGCAUUCAUCGAGCACAGCGGCGAUUAGUCAGCCAUAUCUAUUCGCUAUCCAAUAUGAAGAAAUUGGAGCCUUAUGUCGACAGCGCUAUCUUAUUCUUGCUCAAAAAACUGGCUUCCAUGGAAGGUGAAAAGAUUGAUGUAGGCAGAUGGACUAGGCUGUUUGCUUUCGAUGUCAUUGGUGAAGUCACGUUUUCCAAGCGUUUCGGUUUUAUGGACGAGGGCAUAGAUGAUGGUGCCUUCACCAUGAUCGAUAACAUCUUGCAGUGCGCUAAUUGGGUGGGACACAUCCCCUGGUUCUACUACCUCAGCAUAUGGCUUGCUCCUAUAAUCGGCAAUCACCUCGCGAUUACCCAACGCCAGGGCAAGCUUCUGCAGAUAUCCCAACAGAAUAUCAAGGAGCGUAAGGAACGAGGAACCGACCGGAAUGACAUGCUUGAACAGCUCUUUGAAGUUCAACGGGAAAAGCCAGACAAAUUGGACGAUAUUUGUGUUGCAUCGAUGGCUGCCAGCAACAUCUUUGCCGGAAGUGACUCAACAUCUGUGUCUAUCUCAGCCUUCCUCUACCACACCCUUCGAAACCCCGAGGUUAAGAAGAAGCUGAUAGACGAGAUCAAUGAACAUGCAGCAAUGAACAACAUUCCGCAUGGUACCGUCUUUGAUCUGGAAAUUAUCAACAACAUGCCUUUCUUGCAAGCGUGUAUGUAUGAGGCUCUUCGCUGCCAUCCAGCUGUGGGAGUCUCCCUCGGCCGAGUCGUGCCCCCAUCUGGACUGCAAAUUGGUGAACAAUUCAUCCCUGGAGGAUCUGGCAUUAGCGCAAAUGCCUGGGUUAUCCAUCAAAACAAGGACAUCUUUGGCGAAGAUGCAGACAAAUUCCGUCCAGAGAGGUGGAUGGAAGAGCCCGACCGUGUUGCCACCAUGAGGCGAAACUUCCUUAGUUUUGGUGCUGGAUCUCGAUACUGUAUUGGACGAAACGUGGGCUGGCUUGAGAUGUCCAAGGCAAGUUGA